ACAGCUGUUACUACAUAGUUUAUCGGAGUAAAUUGGUGUAAAAUGGAUAAAGUAAAACAUGCAAUCGCGCUGGAUUGCGAACGAUUAGUGGAGACGUUUGCGAACAACGAGACCCAUGAGUUUGAAGUCUUCUGCAAGAUCUGGAAGAAGCAGUUUUUCCAGCACAUGUACUCAGCUUUACUCUGGAAUGUCGAGAUCAUCCAAAUGACAGAACAUAUUUUCAAAGCGGUUUCGAGAAUUAUGUUUGAAAAUGAGUCGUUGCGAAAACGAAAGGAGCGAAAAAUUGGAGCUUUAUAUCUAAUUUACGCAGUCUAUUUCAAACAACCAACGGAGCAGUUUGUGAAAUUCAAAGUAACAUUGGAAAAAUGGAAAAUAUUAAAGGAAUUUGUCGAGUCACUGAGAAACGAUCCAACAACUAUCCAAGUUCGAUACAUUUUUCAUAAACUUAUUACAGUGAAUGCAUUCCGGCUUGUGGCAAUGGAAAAUGAUUAUGGCUUUGAAGAUCUUUUCAACAAUGCUAAAGUAAAAAAUAGAAAGAAGCAUCGUCUCAUUUGGAAUACGGUUCAAACAGAUGUUAGUGAGCUUGGUCAUCCGAGGAAUGGCUUGAUCGAAUCGCUUAGCAUAUUAGAAGGUGGCUACAAUGAAAUGAAGACAAUUCUCAAUUCGCAAGCCCAACAAUCCGGGGAUAGUUCCUUCGCGCCUCUACCGAUGUCGCAAUUUAUGGAUGAAGUCAAAAGUUCGUUCAAAAGUAUUUCAGAUUUACUGAAACCCAACAUGGGAGAAGAACGAGAUUCUAACGCAUCAAAACCUAAUGUAAAAAAGGAAAAAAUUGAAGACAUAAGAAGAAGCCUUAAAAGAAAAGCUUUUCGAACUGAUGGCAAUGAUGAGGAUGCUCAAUACGAGGUCUCACUGCAUGGGGAUAUGAUUCAGAUUGCAAGAAAUGAUAGAAGGCUUCGUGUUAACAAUCAAAAAAUCAGUCAAAUAUUUGAGCAAGAUUUACCUGAAGACACUCGUAAGGAACUUUAUGCGGAAGACGAACAAAGUUUGAAUGAUUCAAGCACGAGCGACGUAGCUAUGCCCGCGAUAUGAAGUCUUUUUGUCGGUCACUAGAAUUACAUAGAUCUGCAUACGUGAUUAGAUAGAUUAAUGAUUAAGUUUUGUAGGUCCUCUAUGCGUACAUAAGCCAUCAGGGAUACUUAUCACCUAACUCGAUCAGCAUCACAUUUAAACAAAAUAGCGAUAAAAAGGUAGUUCUAUGCAAUCUGUAAAGAUACAGGUGCGAUAUGGAAGAAAUUAUCAAAAAAAUAAUUUGUUUUCAUUUUUACUAAGCAUGAAAUUUCUUAUCGGAGAUAAACAUGAGUGGAUAGUACUACAAAAACCCAGUCAAUGGCUUCUGUUUCGUGUUUCGAAACAAGCGGUGAAUGGCUUAGACUGUAAUCAAAAAUAGAUUAAUAACUGACGUUCCUUGUUCUUGCUCAUUGCAUUGUUUACAGUGCGGAAUAUGUUUUUAUUAUUGUUGAAAUUUAAGGUGCGCGUGUUUUUAAAUGAUUUGCAGGUUUUGAGGUUGUAUGUUUGCUUGUUUACGUUUACAAUUAAUCGACUUACUUUGACGUUGCAGCAUGGGAAAUUAUGGUUUUCAACAUGUGAUUUGAAAAGAAAAUUCGUUCUGUACGACAACGUUCCCAAGUCAAUUCAAAUACUUAAUUCACAUCAGCUGGACAUGUAUCUAGGUAUCUAUCACAUCAUGAAUGGACUCGUAGGUUAACUGUUUGGAAAUGGAUUAAAUUUUGAAGUAUAUUGCGUACAUACACCUUAUGAAUUUUGUAAUUAUAUACACAGAAGAAACUGUGAGGUCAGUGUCAAUUUAUUUAAAAAUGUGUGAAAGACAACAAAAGCAGUGAACUUCGACAGGUGGAUUGGAUUAUGUCUUAAGUUGAAUUAGCUAGCUAUUUCUGGCGUUGCUACCAAUGCUGAAAAAAGUCUCUAUUAUUAUCUCUUCACCAAAUGUGCUACAGGCCUUUUAAAGUUUCUAGCUGACGCUUUCGUACGUACAAUUUUCAGUUAAUUGAAGAACUCAAUCCAACCCAGGUCUUUCUGAAUUUUCACUAACUAGAUCGUGUAGAAGUUGAAAAUGCAGAAAACAUCAAGGACGUGGUGGGAGAUUGGCUAUUAUAUGAUAAUGUAGCGUUUGUUCUAGCUAGGUAAGUGAUUCGAAUAGGAUAUUGUUUUA